AAAUUCUGGAUGGAGAGUGUAGGUGUGGAUAACCUAUAUAAACAGAAGAUACUGCUCUCUGUUAAAUCAGGACCAAGACAAGAACAUCCUAAACACGUUGAGCCAGACUGCACACCGUUAAAAAGAUGUGGAGUGGAUCACUGCAAGCUCUCGUCGUCUUCACCUCGAUGCUGACGGCACACACGCUCCACUCCUUUCCAAAGACAUUCAUGGUUGGCAAGGAGGACGGGGAGGUUACACUCACGUGCAGCACCCAGUUUCAGGGAACAGUAACCUGGAGGCAUGACGACAACCCUGUGCCUGCGUCCGGAUACAACGUGAUGAGCGGACACACCCUGACACUGCACGGCCUGGACUCCGAAGGCAGCCCAGGAAACUACACCUGCUGGGGCAACGACCAGCUGCUGGACCACUCCUACCUGGUGCUGGAGCAGGAGGAGGAGGAGGUCCGCCUCUCCUGCUCAGCAAAGACCUACAGCUGCUCCUUUCUCUGCAUCUGGAGACUGACGGGCUACGACGUCGCCAGGGUGAAGCACCAGCGCAGCGAGGCCAGCGGAGGCUCGUCCUGGGAUCUCGGCACUUGGAUGCAGGACGGUUUCCACUUCCACCUGUCGGACCUCAGCUCACCCUUCACAGAGGAGGACCGGCCCAUCCGCCUCACUGCCGAGGCACUGAGCGGCCAGCGCUACAAGAAACAGCAGCUCAGAUUCUUCCUCCGUGAAAUCAUUGAGCCGGACGCACCUGAGAUAAAGGACUGUGUGCGGACUGGGGACAGCCUGCACGUCUCAGUGGAGCCCCCCUCCUCCUGGGCCAAACCGCACAGCUACUUCCCCCUCGAACCCGAGGUCGAGUACGAGUACAAGGAUGAUGGCAAGAUCGAGCGCUCCAUGAACCUGGUCAUCCCCAAGGACAUCACAAGGCUGAGGGUGCGCGCCCGAGACCCCUACUUCAAUUCCUCCUGGAGCAAGUGGACCCCCUGGAAAAAAGUAAUGCAGUGAUUUCAGUGACUCGCUCCUCACAGGGUCAGGGCCUGCGCACACAGACAGAGGCAGCUGUGUGUCUCUGCAGUAACAACAGUAAUAACAAUUAUAACAGCACAGGAAAGCCUUCAUUAUCCCAUGGUGAUCUGUCUUGUUGUGUGCAUGUGCUCUUCUACCCUUUUGUCAUUGA